AUGAUAUUCAUUAAAGGAUGUAGACGAUACGGGACAAAGUGUGCUGGUUGUCUUCAAGGCAUCCUACCGAGUGAUCUGGUGAGGAGAGCUAGGAGUAAAGUAUUCCAUCUCAACUGCUUCACAUGUAUGGUGUGUAGAAAACAAUUAUCUACAGGUGAAGAACUUUACGUGGUUGAUGAAAAUCAGUUCAUCUGUAAAGAAGACUAUCUCACCAAGUGCCAAUUAAGAAGACCAGAGCUCCCUGAUAAUGAUCAUUUCAACAAACCUCCUGGGUCCUGCAAUACUGCCCUCUCCAGUCACGAUUCAAGUUCACCUCCAGAGAGUCCAAGCACUGAAGAUAUGAGUCUACUGGAAGCAGAAAGUGAUGUGACGUCACCAUCUCUUGGUGUCAUUACUGCUUCGACCCCGGAUGACAUAGAUCGUGUCAAGGAGGCAUCUAACAUUAUUAAUAACAAUAACAACAGCAACAACAACAACAAUCAUGAUAAUGGAUUGGAAAACAGGGAGAAUGAAAACACGACAGGGAUUCCAGUAAGUGGGGCUAAGAGAAGAGGACCUAGAACCACCAUUAAGGCUAAACAGUUAGAAACACUCAAGGCAGCAUUCGCAGCUACACCCAAACCAACUCGUCAUAUCAGGGAACAACUCGCACAGGAAACAGGGCUAAAUAUGAGAGUUAUUCAGGCGUAUCCCGACACAAGCCUCAGCUUUUAG